AUGUUGACCGACGAACUGGCUGACUUGGAGCAGGCCAAAGAAAGAAACAAGGAAGAGGCAAAGAUGAAGCAACACUUGAACCGAGUUGGCAGUGGGAUCAAGUAUCAGUUUCAGUUGGCCAAGCGCCAGCCACACAUUGCCUUUAUUUCCCUCCUCGUCUUUGCUGUGCUUUGCGGGGCUGGAUUGGCCAUGAUCUUCAUGGUGGAAGACGACAGACACGAAGAAGCAAAGAGUAUCGCAAUGGAUCUCUCCACUGAAACGGGACAAUGGUUUUCUGACCAACUGGAUCAGGCCAUUCUACCCUUGUUCAGUAUGGCACAGUUUGUCUCGGAACUGGAGAUCUUUCACGACCUACCCGAUCAGAUCGGCCCCGCCUUUGAGAACGGAUCUCUUCCCUUCAAGCCUCCUCGUACCGAGGAAAGUCCCGUCACACAUCGCAACGUUUCUGGUGUCUGUGAUGCACCUCACGUAGUAGAACGGUUCAACCGGAUUGCUGCUACCGUCAAGCGAAACGCAAACAUGAAUGGAGUCCUCGUCAACCUACAGCUGGCUCCUCAAGCUGUAGUCUGUCUCCUGCAUCCAAUGGUGAACACGGAAGACUUCCCUCCUGGCAUUGUCAUGAACAACACGGGUGCGUGGGGUCAUGAUCUCUUGACAGAUCCGGCACGCAAGUUCAUUGCAGAGGCCACUAUUCCUUCGGAAAAGAUUGUCAUUGCCGGGCCGCUGACACUCAGACAAUGCCAAGACUGUGACCCGACUGUGGAACGAGCCUUUAUUGCACGCAUACCCAUUGCCAUGGAGGGCAAAGAGAUUGUUGUCAAUGAUGUGCCAUACGAAAAGUGGGGAUUCGCAGUUGCCUUGAUCAAUUGGAACGCUCUCAUCGAAAGGAGCAGCGUCUAUCAGACAUUUGAGGAACGAGGAUUGGAGUUUCAACUCACUCGCACCGAUCGAAAGUUUGAUGCAGAGAACAAUGUCACCACGGAAAAGGUCGUCGUCUUGGCCGAGACACCUAGCUUUGCCAACGCCACGUCUGGUGAUUGGGAAACAGUAACGACUGCCCUCGAUACCACUAACAACGAGUGGGAAAUGAAUGUCAGCUAUCAAUACAAUAAAUGGGAAACUUGGAAGGUGGUUUCCGUUGUGGCCACUGUCCUGGUAUCAUUCUUUAUUGGCUUGCUCUGCUUCACAAUCCUGAUUCAAAAAGAAAACUUGACCCUCAUGAAAAAAAGAUACGAGGAAGAUGUGGCGCAACCUCAAAAGUUGCGCCUACGAGCGUUCUUGGAAGAAACGUCAAAGUCGUCGGAGAAGAUGGAUAUUCAGCAAGUCAUGAAUUCCAAUCCAAUCGCCGACAUCUAUGCCAAUUGCACCGUUCUCUAUGCUGCUAUUGAUGGCUUCACCGUAUGGGCUUCCGAACGAGAAGCAUCGCAAGUCUUUGUCCUUCUUCAAACAAUCUUCUUCUCCUUCGAUGAGACUGCGAAAAAGUACGGCGUAUUCCGUGUCGAAGGCAUUGGAGAGAAUUACGUCUGUGCAACCGGCGUUCCUGAACCCCAAGAAGACCAUGCCCUAAAAAUGCUGCAUUUUGCAAAAGAGUGCCUCGGGAAAUCAAGGGCUUUGAUGAAAACGUUGGAGAUGAGCCUGGGCCCGGAUACCGGAGACCUGCGUGUGAAGAUUGGAAUCCACUCCGGUCCUGUUACGGCAGGAGUUUUGGUCGGGAGGGAGAGCAACGGGGUCAAGCUCUGUGGCGAUACACUUAACAUCUGUGCGGCCGUGAACAAGGCAGGAGAAGCUGACCGUAUCCAUCUCAGUCACUCGACUGUACAGCAGUUGCUGGCUGGUGGUUUCAAGAAGCGGUGGAUUGAACGUCGACGGGACAGCAUGCAAUGGAAUGGCAUGCAGACUUACUGGGUUCGUACAAAAUCUGGCAGUGGUGGUAAGGCUGGUAGUCAUGCCGCUCGUUCACUUCUUCAGGAGCAAGGGCAGGUCCGCUUCGACGAAAGCGGAUUGGCCGACGAAACCAGCUCUCAACGCUCGGGUCGUUCGGGAUCUGACAUGUGGGAGCUGGACAACAGUAGCGUUCAGUUCCCAGAACUCGAGGGGGUUUCUGCCCAUCUCACCGCAAGUGAUAAUAAGCAAGAUCGCCUCGUUGAGUGGCAGGUCAACAUGAUGACGAAGCUACUCAAGAAGAUUGUAGCACGCAGAAACAAGAGCAAGAAGAGAUUCCAGAAGACAAACGUUCGUUCACCUGAUUUGGCCGCGGUGGUCAAAGCUGGAGGGAUACCGCUUCAGCAUGUAGCUGAGAUUGUUACGCUUCCGACAUUCGAUUCCUCCUCUGCAGUUACGGUUGGCGAAACCAACGCGGUCAAAAUCAAGCCCGAAGUCAUUUCGCAACUGCGCGGUCUCGUCAGAGAACUCGCGGCGAAUUACCGAGACAACCCCUUCCACAAUUUUGAGCAUGCUUCUCAUGUGACGAUGUCAGUUCACAAGAUGCUCGAUCGCAUCGUAUCGCCAGAUGAAGUCAACUACGAUGGAAAGGCAAAGAGUGUUGCCGCCGAUCUUCACAAACACACUUUUGGAAUCACAAGUGAUCCCUUGACGCAUUUCGCAAUCGUUUUCUCUGCCUUGAUUCACGAUGUCGAUCACACGGGUGUCUCCAAUGGACAGCUUGGGAAGGAACAACCCUUAUUGGCGGACAAGUACAGGAAUCAAUCUCUGGCAGAGCAGCACUCCGUGGAGUCGUCAUGGGAGCUGUUGCAACAGCCUUGCUACAAAGAUCUGCACGAGUGUCUCUUUGCUAACGAUGCCGAGCUCCAGCGUUUCCGACAGCUGGUUGUUAAUGUGGUCCUGGCAACUGAUAUCUUCGAUAAAGAACUCAAAGCACUCAGGAAUAAGAGGUGGGACAGAGCCUUCCAUGGUGAUGAGAUCGAACCCGAUGAAUCUGUCAUCAGUUGCUCUCUCACUGAACGCUCGAGUGACGCUUCGUCGUCGCAUGGCAAUGGCAACGAGAGUACAAGGUCGGUGCUCAAGUUGCAAGACACCAAUAGGAAGGCCACAAUCGUCAUCGAGCACAUAAUUCAAGCUUCUGAUGUCGCUCACACAAUGCAGCACUGGCAAGUGUAUCUCAAGUGGAAUGAAAAGCUGUUCAAUGAAAUGUAUGUGGCAUGGAAGAUGGGAAGGGCGGCGAAGGAUCCCACAGACUCUUGGUACAAGGGUGAGAUCUGGUUUUUUGACAACUAUGUGAUUCCACUGACACAAAAGCUAGAUGAAUGCGGUGUCUUUGGUGUGGCAUCCGAUGAAUGCCUCCACCAUGCCCUCGAGAAUAGGAAGGAAUGGGUGCUCAAGGGUGAGGCCGUUGUAGCCGAAAUGGCAAAAAGGUGCCAGGCCAUGCGUUUGAUGCCUAAGCAAAUACUUGAAGAAUCUGAGGAAGAAGACGACGAAAGCAGCUAUCAGGAUGAACCAGAUGAUUGGUCUGUGUGA